CUUUCUCCCCAAUGUUUAACAAUAUUCACCAUAGAUUUUUGCUGUAACUCUCUGCUCCCUCUAUCUCUAUUCGCCAGACUGUGUGACAGUACCCUUCACUUCAAAACCAUGGCUUCCAUGAACUGCUCAGCAGGCGAUCUAGCCCAGUUACUGGGCCCCAACGUCACUAACUCCACUGGUGCUGCUGCUUUCAUCUGCUCCCAAUUCCAAAUCGCGGCAGGCAAUUUCAACGCCACCCAAUUUGCCGUGGACAACACAUAUCUCCUCUUCUCUGCCUACCUUGUGUUCUCCAUGCAACUUGGCUUUGCCAUGCUUUGUGCAGGCUCCGUACGUGCCAAAAACACCAUGAACAUCAUGCUCACCAACGUUCUUGACGCUGCAGCCGGUGGCCUCUUUUAUUACCUCUUUGGCUUUGCUUUUGCCUUUGGGACCCCCUCCAAUGGCUUCAUUGGUAAACACAACUUUGGUCUUAAGGCUUUCCCAUCUUCUUCUUUUGAUUACAGUUACUUUCUUUAUCAGUGGGCUUUUGCUAUAGCGGCUGCUGGGAUAACCAGCGGUUCAAUAGCUGAAAGAACCCAGUUUGUUGCUUAUAUGAUUUACUCUUCUUUCUUGACUGGGUUCGUUUACCCUGUUGUGUCUCACUGGUUCUGGUCUGUUGAUGGAUGGGCUAGUGCAACAAGGGAACAUGGAGAUUUGUUGUUUGGGAGUGGAGUUAUUGAUUUUGCAGGGUCUGGUGUGGUGCAUAUGGUGGGUGGGAUUGCAGGUCUCUGGGGUGCUCUAAUUGAAGGUCCAAGAAUCGGGCGUUAUCACCAUUCAGGCAGGUCUAUUGCUUUACGUGGUCACAGUGCUUCCCUUGUGGUUCUUGGCACUUUCUUGCUUUGGUUUGGUUGGUAUGGGUUCAAUCCUGGGUCAUUUAAUAAAAUCUUGAGUGCUUACACUGAUGCUCCUGUCUAUUAUGGUCAAUGGAGUGCAAUUGGUAGGACUGCCGUUACAACAACUCUGGCUGGUUGCACAGCUGCUUUGACCACUCUUUUUUGUAAGAGAAUUCUGUCUGGUCAUUGGAAUGUUACUGAUGUUUGUAAUGGUUUGCUUGGUGGGUUUGCUGCUAUCACUGCUGGGUGCUCUGUGGUUGAACCAUGGGCUGCUAUAGUAUGCGGCUUUGUUGCUUCUUUGGUGUUGAUUGGCUGCAACAAAUUGGCUGAGAUCUUCAAGUUUGAUGAUCCAUUAGAGGCUGCGCAGUUACACGGUGGAUGUGGCACUUGGGGUGUCAUUUUCACUGCCUUGUUUGCCACCGAGAAGUAUGUGGGGGAGGUUUACCCGAAAAAACCGGGUCGCCCAUAUGGGUUGUUCAUGGGUGGUGGUGGGAAUCUCCUGGCUGCUCAUUUGAUACAAGUUUUGGUGAUUAUCGGAUGGGUUAGUGCUACUAUGGGUCCACUGUUUUUUGUUCUUCAUAAGCUUAAGCUCUUGAGGAUCUCAGCUGAAGAUGAGAUGGCGGGUAUGGAUCUGACCCGGCAUGGUGGGUUUGCUUAUAUUUACCAUGACGAUGACGACGAGUCCCAGAGGCCCGGUACCUUCCGGCUGGGGCAAAUUGAGCCUACUAAUUCUACAACCCCUAGUGCAAAUGCGUAAGAGGGACUAUUUUGUAUUUUUGGUGCUUCAAUAUGCUUGUGAGAAGUUGUUUGUUUACAUAUGGAAGAUAAAUCAAUGUAGGGUUUGAUCAUUGAUGGGUGGUGCCUGUUGGGAUAACGAAGACGUGGAUGACAAGUUUUUCUUGUUCAGUCAUGUUCGUGUAGUAAAUGUGAAAAUGUCUUCUCUCUAUAUUAUAAAUAUGGUGAUUGGUUGGUUGUUUA